GGGAUGUAGCAGAGAGAAAGACGGAAAUUGUAAUAACUAGCAGAUUUGCGAUUGCUGUCGCUCCCUCACGAUAGCUCUGAUGACACGUCAAUCAGUAGAUGAGCUGAAAAAGACAGCUGAUGAUGUAAAUUUCCGCAAAAAGAGAUUAUUAAAGCGAAACCUGAAACCCACGCGACUCCCUCGGUGCAGGGUCAGUUUAUCGUCUGACAGCACUGGAAUACAGUUUACGUAAAGAUCACAGUAGAAAUUCCUCGUAAAACCUUACGUGCAAGAGAGUGAGUAAUCGACAAUCCCUCGAGUCAGGAAUUUUCGGAUAUAUUGACUUACAACGAUAGUGAAACUCAAGUAUCAUAUUAAGCUUUCUUCAGGAUUUUAAUCAACAAAAACACUUAAUCUUGGUGUCGCUGUCCGCUCAGUAGAAAUGUCUGGUGACUGCGGACUCAUCCUUAAGUAAAUUUUAAAGAAAUUAACUAGUACCUAGGCUAGUGCCCGUCUAGUACUUGUUUCAUCGUAUGUGUUUGGUAUUCUAUUAAUAUCCUUUAUCUUGAAGCCGGCAGAACGAUGUGUCGUCCAAGAGUUACUGCAGUCUUGCUCAUGUUCAUUCCUUGUUUGGUUUUCUCCGCGGAGAUUCCGAAUAUCUUGCCGGGUGAUGUUGCUCCUUCAUUUGUUCUUCAAGCAAAGGAAGUAAUUCAUGGUACCGACGUACUUCUCAGAUAUGGAGGCAACGAUUCCAACAUCCAAGGACCCAUUGUGUUCCUCGCGUAUACCGACCGCUCAGGAUUCUUAGAUCGUCUUCUAUCCGACCCAGAUUGCUUCAAGACUCUGAUGGAGAACUCCCCUGACAAUACGAAUUACGUGUUUCUUUUUUAUGCGACUUCUUCAUCUUCGGUCAAAGAUGCUGCUGACCAGCUCGCUCGGAGAUUUAAAGAAGCAAUGUAUAACUACUUUUUUCGAUCCAGCAGGUCCCUCGAAUUCUCCCGGGUAAGGAGAUUCCCUACCUUGACCGCGAGAAUGGGAACAUUACUGGAUUUCAGUAACAACUGGCUUUCGCGGGUACAUAUUGCGACAUUUCCUGUAUUUACUCUCGGAAAUUGGAUCCCGCGGGUGCUAUCUCAGUGGUAUUGUUCCGGGCACGGGUGUGGCUUUGCCCAGAUCGUCAUUGAAAAUGAUAAAGGUGAAAUCCACAUGGUGUCAAAGCGUUUAGAUGCACGCUAUGAUUGGCUGCCGUCUCCAGACACGCUCGCAAAAUACGGACAUUUGCAAGUGGCGUUUGUUGGAGAUGCCUGCAAUGCCAGCUCGUUUGUGAAUCCUGUAAAUGGUAAACUUGCCCUCGUUUCAAUGGAGGGCGUCCAAUGUUCAUACUUUACAAAGGUACAAAACUCUGAGAAAAAUGGCGCUCUUGGUGUCCUGGUGUUUCCUGAACCGAACCAGGCUUUGCUAGACAUGAACUGUAACGGCUCAGAAUGUAACACACAGCUCAACAUCCCAGCAUCCAUGAUUCCACAUAGCAUUGGGUUUAAUUUGAGCAAGGGCAGUGGUAUUUAUGUCCGUUUCCAGACAACGCCCUCAGACACAUUUGUAUUUGGAAUUGACGGGGAGGGCAAAGUGGAGGAAACCGGUUGGUUUUUGUAUCCGUCCACGCUCUUCAUGGCCUAUCAGGCCCAGUGGUUUAAUUAUAAAACGCAGUUGUUGAAGAACUUGACAACGGGAGAUGCGAUGGUAAUCAACGUGUUCAACCACAGUGUGAUGCAGGGAGAGAAAGGGGUCAGCGGUACUGUUCAUCUGCCUUCUUUGAAUGACCUCCAGAGGUACGAACACGUGGAAUUGGACUUUGCUUUAUCGUGCCCAGGCUCCAGAGACGAAACUUGCGCCAGAUGGGAUCACGUAAUACAGCUGUACGUUUGCUGUAACUCUACAAGUGAGCUAUGUGGCCUGGAACUAGGCAGAUGGAUAACACCCUUUAGACGACGUAUUGGACGCUGGUUAACGCCAGUGAAGCCGCUGAUUCCUCUGCUACAAUCCGCGGACUCCGGCUCAACCAACACUUGUAACUUUACAAUGAAAACAGUUCCCUGGGCAAUGGCGUGGGUUCCAACACUCAACAUCAGACUUGUUGGCAAAAUACAAGUAUUAAACAAGUAUGAGACAUUUCGCUCGAGAGAGAAGACUCUUGUUCCAGUAGAGGUUAUACCACUCUUCAGGGGAGGAACAUUUGACAAGAACUACAACACCAAAUACAGACCCUUUACUUUUGCUCCUCCACAAGGAACUGACAAAGUAAAGCUUGUCGCAACCAUAACAGGCCAUGGCAGUGAUAAUAACAACUGCGCCGAGUUCUGCGUCACAUCGCAUCAUUUUGUUGUCAACAACAAACAUAACUAUACCCGUGUGUUCAAAAACGCCGGCACCGCCCUAGGGUGUGCUGACCGCGUGCCAGAGGGAGUGGUACCAAAUGAGCAUGGCACGUGGCUGUAUGGGCGGGACGGUUGGUGUGAUGGCCAGGAGGUAGUGCCCUGGGUCGUGGAUAUAACAAGUGCACUUACAACUCCUGAAAAUCAGAUCAAGUACUUUGGUUGGUUUAACAAUACUGAUCCCAAUCCAACACGUGACCCUGGUGAUAUCAUCAUGUACUCUUAUUUAGUGUACUACAAGUACUUAGCCCCGGAGCCGGACCUCCCUCGGCCAACCACACGAGUAGGAAGUGGACACGACAUAAACAAAUAGUUUGACCUUUGAAUGACAUUCGAGCCGCAUACUCUGAUACAUGUUACGGCUGGUAAUAUUUUCACUCGUAACAAAAUGCGAAAUAAAAAUUUCAAAAGAAGGCGGGGACCGGCAGCCCCUCAGCUCCGAA